GAGACAAAAGUACACGCAUCAAUGCAUUAUCAUGUUUAAAGAUAUUUUUUUAGCAACUAAACAUCAAUGGCUAAUAACAUAUAUAAUAACUAAAUAUCAUAUCAUACAAACAAUCCCAUCAUACAUUCAAAUAUAGAACAAUCUUAUUGAUCAGUUGUCUGAAAGAAAAAAAAAAAAAAAAACGAGUAUAUAUUCUUGAGACACAAUUCUCCGUUUAACACCAAAAAAACUCAAAAUGCAAAUGGAAUUUAAGUUUGGACUACCCAUUCAUCAGUUCUCUGCUGAAGCUGCAAGCUUGCUUGGUUUAAUACUAUUUAUCUACUGCCUAUUUCGAUUAAAACAGAAGGCGGAUACUAAUGGAAAAGUAGUCCCUCAACCAUCUAGUUCAUGGCCUUUAAUAGGCCAUCUGCAUCUUCUGGAAGGACUUCCUCACAUAGCCUUGGGGAAAUUAGCAGAUAAAUAUGGUCCAAUUUUUAUGAUUAGGCUUGGUGUACAACGAGCAUUGGUUGUAAGCACUGCAGAGAUGGCGAAAGAGUGCUUAGGCGGCACCAAUGACAAAGUUUUCUUAAAUCGUCCCCAAACAAUCUUUGUAGAGCAUAUGGCUUACAAUGGUGCUAUGUUAGGCUUCAGCCAAUAUGGUCAAUACUGGCGUGAGAUUCGUAAGUUUACCACUAUCGAGCUAAUGUCAAACCAUCGAGUAGAGAUGUUAAAAAAUGUCAGGGUCUCUGAGAUAAGAUCGGCCAUGAAGAGUAUAUCUACUGCUAGGUCUGAAACAACUGACAUGAAACAAUGGUUUACUGAUGUAAGUAUGAACACUAUAGUAAGAAUAAUUUCAGGCAAGUCAAUGAAGGAAUGUUACCAAGGGGAGGAAUAUAGUUGGUGUGUAAAAGCAUUCAGGGAUUUCUUCGAAUUGGCAGGUGUAUUCGUCCCUGCUGAUGCACUACCCUUCCUGAGGUGGUUUGAUAUCAGAGGAUACGAGAAGAAAAUGAAGAAAGUGGCAAAAGAGAUUGAUCUUAUAGUUGAAAGGUGGUUGGAUGAGCGUAAAAACAGAAGAAGCUCCAAAGAGGCACAAGGAAAGCUAGAUUUCAUGGAUGUGAUGCUUGGUAUUUUCGAGACAGGACAGGAAACGGAUUCCAAAUUCGAAACUGAUACAAUCAUUAAAGCCACUUGCACGGCAAUGAUUUUAGCAGCAGCAGAUACCACAGCAGUAACCUUAACAUGGGCACUGUCAUUGCUACUCAACAAUAAAGAAGUUCUGAAGAAGAGUCAAGCUGAACUCGACAUCGUGGUGGGCAAAGAAAGGCAGGUGGAAGAAUCAGACCUCAAGAAUUUAGUCUACUUGCAAGCAGUUCUCAAGGAGACUAUGAGACUAUACCCUGCUGCACCCCUUUCAGUCCCUCGAGAAGCUAUUUCAGAUUGUAUUGUGAGUGGUUACAAUAUUCCAGCUGGGACACAACUCUUUGUCAAUCUUUACAAGAUACACAGAGAUCCACUAGUUUGGGAAAACCAUUUAGAUUUUCACCCUGAAAGGUUUCUCACAACUAAUAAAGACUAUGAUGUGCGAGGCCAGAGUUUUGAGUUUAUGCCUUUUGGAAGUGGAAGGAGGAUAUGUCCUGGUAUAUCUUUUGCCCUUUCGGUCAUGCAGUUUACACUAGCUAAUUUACUCCAUGGAUUUGACAUCUCAAUUCCAUCGGAUGAACCUGUUGAUAUGACUGAGGGUUUCGGAAUAACCAACCUCAAAGUUACACCACUUGAUGUCAUCUUUAGGCAUCGCCAAUAUGAACACCUUUAUAAUUAAUCUUUAUUUGUGUAAAGUUGUAAACUAUGUAUGUCCUAUCUUUAGUGUGUACUAAAUUGCUUAUAUUCGUAUACUCACAAUAUUUUUUUAUGUUUGAUCUUUUAAGAUUGUUAUCCUUGAAUAAACUAGUUUGAAAUCUUUUUUUUUUU